AUGAGCUGGCUGCGCACCAUGAUGCACCAGGAGCCCAUCAUUGUGUGGUCGUUCAUAAUCGGCGGCGUGGGCCUGGCCCUGCCCCUGGUGGUGCCCCCCAUCCGUGAGGCGAUGGGCUACGGCGCGCCCACGCCCAAGUCGCCGCCGCCGGUGCGGCAGCUGAUCGAGACGGCCAAGCAGUGA